UGCUCUUCCCGAACGACGGGACGGGAUCAAUCUUGCUUCUGCUUCUUCCUUGCUUCCAUACGGAGUACACACACACAUACACACAUACAUACAACACACACACACAACAUAACUCUCUCUCCCUCUUUCUCUCCUUCUCCUUCUUCUUCUUCUUCUUCUGGCUUCAUUUUACUCAAUGCAUUCUUCUUCUUUUCCUACUUCUACUGCCCAAUUGUCUGGUCUCUGAUCCACCCAAGCCCAAGCUUUCUCUUCCCCUGGUCAUUAUAACAGGACUUGUUAUAUGAUAUGAGAAGAAGAUACUCUCUAAUAUAACUACCUAGCUAUAGGCCCCCCCCAGGACUAUGCUCCAAUAUAUCCAUCCAAUAUAUAUAUGACCAGUCCAGUCGAAGAAUGGAGAUGAGAAAAUAGACCUUGUCCUCCUCUCCUUUUAUCAUAUCAUCUCCAAAUACUACUACUGCUACUGCUACUACUGCUACUACUGCUACUGCUGCUGCUAUUAUUACCCAUUCUCCUUGCUUACUAUUCCAUUCCUUACAUUUAUUGUUAUUACACUACGGAGUACUGCCACAAAGAUCAUCGCUCUCUCUGCCCCCCCCCCGUCCAUCUCGCUUUUUGCACGUGCUCUCUCCUUCUCCUCCUCUCUUCCUGUCGGCUCUCAGAUCUCAUUCUCUCUCUCUCAUUCUCUCUCUCUCUCUCUCUCCCUCUCGCUCUCCCCAACUUAUCCACUCAUUCUUUUAAUUUUCUUUUCCUUUCCUUUUCCUCGUCCUUACACACUCGCUUCCUUGCUUGAAUAAAUAUCCCCAGCUCCAUAAAUCCCCCAAUUGGGAUUGCUGCUAGCUAGCCACAAUUCUCCGCUCCUUUUUUAACUGGUAUCUGCUCGUCCUCCCCCAGGGAUAUUAGCCCCCAUCCCAUUUUUUCCCCUUCAAGGGUGCCCUGGUUCCUUAAUUCUCCCUCCCCCCGGGCUUCGCGUCUUCCUUUGGACAAGGACAGGAUUAAACUAAAUGACAACGGGGGUCCUUUCAUAUCCCUCCGUCGCACUGCUCGCCCGCCCGCCCCUCCUCCUCCUCCUCCUUCUCCUCCUCCAUCCUCGUCGAAUGCGGAAUAGUGGUUGCCCCAUUGACUCCCUCCUGUCAUGUUUGACUCUGUUCCCAGUGCGAUUGGCAUUAACACCAGGAAUAGCAAGGACAACAAAAACCACGGCAAGAAGAGCAUUGAUAAAAAUAAUAAUACUCCGUAUCCGUCUGCGUCUGCGUCUGCAUCUGCGUCAACUUCCUCCUUUUCUUCCCCCGGCUCGCAAUGGUAUUACAACCAAAGCUGUGACCAUUUGCCGCCGCCAAUGUCAUCUACCUCCACCGUCCCUGAAUCCCCUGCUGUAGGCCGCUCGCGAUCCUCCACCCGUAGUCCUAUCCGCCUCUCUGUCUUCGGUGCUCGCUCUCGAUCCAAUACUGCCACCUCCAGCUCCUCCUCCUACAAGUCCCCGGCCUCGUCUCUGACCAGCGGCGACUCCGCGUCGCGCAGAUCUUCUCAAGACGGUCGAACCCUUUCCAGUGCCACCUCCCUCGUUUCUGAGAAAGAAGCAAGCACCGCAAAGUCCUUCCUGUCGCGCGGCAGUCGCAUUCUUCGGCGCAAGGGAAGCAAAUUUAGCAUUUCUUCCACCCUAACCCUAGACGAGGAAGACGAAAUGGCCAGAGGAUCUCACUCUGCAUCCCAGAGGAUGGAUGGCGUUGGAAUAUUCCAUCGCAGCCACAGGUCGCGACACAGCGGCACCCAUUCCCUAAAACAGAAUAUCUCUGACCCCUUCGAUUUCCAACACGUUACACACACAAGCCCUAGUCAGCUCCCGCCUAUGGAUAGUUGCCAGCUUGAUGAUAUAGUUACGGAAUUCUCCGUCAUUAGAGCCUCCCAGCGUCCUGGCCACGAGCUGAAGGGAAUCAGGGCUGAAAGCUUACAUUUCCAAAACUUUUCCUCUGACAAUAUCUCCAUCAAAAAUGAUGCCAGCCCGUGCACUUCAGACUCAAGGUCCCAGCACGCCCAUAGCCGCCCUACAUCGUCUGAUGUACGCACCUCACCUACAUCUCCUUCUAGGCUUCAAUCACACCUCAAUUCUCGAUCAGUCGAGAACUUUUCUCGCCCAGUGUCCCGACUGUCGAGGCAACAAUCGUCACCCUCGAUGAUUGCGCCUCCUCGAUCAUCUUCAAAGCUAGCAACACCUGACAUCCCCGAGCCAUCACCUCAAACCAUUGAUGCCCUGCUUGGCCUUCACUCGACCUUCGCGGUCCCAGAGACACUGUACGAUGAUACGCAAGAACAACACUUGCCAAAGCUAGAUCUCCCCAGCGUUUUCCCCGAUGUCGGACAUACUCUCAUUCCCGAUGAUGAUAUGCCAGUAAUGACUCGGUCGCCAUCAAACAUCCUCGCCUUUGAUCUCGCAGAUGUUCCAGAGGAGGACGAGACUGCUAUGUCCCGCAAUAAUGACGCCCGAAACUCUACUAUCGCAACUUCUUCGGAGCCAUUCCGCUUUGGCCAGUCCACUCCUAGAGUCGACUUCGAUAAACCCCUACCGGCAGUACCUUCGCCUAAACAACUUAUACCAGAGCCGCUCGGAUCACCCACGAUCCCAACACUUCAUGGUGACUCUAAUGAAGCUUUUGCACAGAAGAGGUGGAAAUCGAACAAGCGGCGAUCGAUAUUCCAACGCCCUCUGGAUGACUUGUCUUGGGAGGACGACAUCGAUUAUUGCUAUGAGCAUGCUGCGGAGUCCAAUUCGAAUUUCGAUUGGCGACGCACCUCGUUUGAAGAGGUGGAAAUGAAGUCGAAACUCGAGAGGCUGACUAUUCAUGCAAGCCCCGCGGCUGACCCUGACACGCCAAUUGCAAUCCAGAAUCAAGGCAGCCGUGAGGGAUCAGAACACAGCGACCAGAACACCAUCAAUGCCAGCUCCUUUUCAGCACCAUCGUUCACAACCCCAAAUUAUGAUGUUACCCCAAUGACUUCGACAAGUCCUCUCCCGUGUGUUCAAAUUGAUACGUUGUCACAGGCUGAUUACUUCAGAGACGAGCAUGUUCCCAUCUUGUCUUCGCCAUUUGGAGAUGACAUUGUCUCAAGUCAAGCCUACCAUGGAUUGAUUCCUAUCGACCAAAAAGUCGACGAAAAUUAUCCAUUGUAUGCCCAUGUCCAGGUGGACGAGCCCUUCGAUUCUCCUCGCGGCAGUUGCUCCGAAAUUAGCAAGUGCAACUCAGAGGAAAGCAUUAUCCUGUCCCGCGCAGCAUCGGUCGCACGAAAGCAUCGCUCUUCGCUAUCCACAACGAGUGUUCCCGAAUUAGUGCAUAGCUCCAACUGCAGCCACUCGGCCUUGGACCGCGACUCCGUGUGCUCUGCCGGCGAACAACACCCACAGCAGCAGACAAAGGAAACCCUGCCCGCACCCACGCUUUCCCCCGUCCCCCGCCCACGCCCAAUCACCACACAUCAACGAAGCAAGAGUCUAGCGCGCGAGCUGACCCAGCGAUCAAACCCCAGCAUCUCUCCAAAUUCCAUCGAUAGCUAUACCUCCGGCAUCUCGUCUGCCCCAACAAUGCCGUACCACGAUCGUGCCAAGUCUGUAUCCGCCCUGGACCUGCGCCAGCCUACGUCCCCUGUAAAGUCUAAAGCCCCCGAGCCCCGAAAGCGAUCUGCCACCAUCACCCGUGGGUCCAGCGGUCGGAGGGCUCGGAAGUCAUACUCGCUUUUCCCUACUGCAGCUGCGGCAGCUCCCGCGCCCGUCGCCCCUGCAUCGCGGUGAAGAAAAAGUAUAAAUGCAGAGCAGAAAGGGAAAGAGCAACACAGUUUCACCGUUGUUGGGGAUGUGGGUUCGCACUCUGACCGCUAAUUUCGUUUCUUGUGGUACUCUGGAGGGAGGGGUGAAAGGACUCCCCCUCUUGGCCUGUAUAACUUCACUACCGGUACAUUACCUCGCAUAGUAUUUUUUCUCUUAUUCCCCUUUUUUAUAAACAUCCCAUUUUUUCAUUUCUCCAUUCUUGCCUAAAAAACAAAAACUUGUACCCCUAUAUAGAUAGACGGCAGUUGGUUUGUUUUCCCCCUCAUUCUUUCUUGCUUCUCUCAUUUCCCCUCCUUUCCUGUUUCCUGAUCUUGUCGCGCCCGGAAAAGUUUUGAUGUAACAUCAAAAAAGGAAAAGCUCGAUCGUUUUUUACCGUCCCUCAUCCCCUUACAUACUGCUGGCAUUUAUGACCUCGUUUUUUAUUUGUUUUAUUCAUCAAUCACUCACACAUCGUCUACUUCCCUCUUUGCUUCCCCGCCCACUCUGCCUACCCUGCCUUUUCAUUUUAUUUUUCGUAAAAGUCCAUAUACAUAUAUGGCAAAGACAUUCGUUUUUAUACCCCACACACACACACUCAGUCAGCCUUUUUUGAUCUCAUGAGCCACGACCUUCUUUUAUUUUCAUUUCAUUUCAUUGUUUUUCUUUGCCGCAGCAUUUAUAUUACCUACCUACCUACCUACCUAUCUACCUACUACAUCAUAACUUCAUGUUGUUACAUACAUAUACAUCGCAUAAUCAUUUGCAUAUAUAUUUUAUCGAUUUUUCUUUCAUCAUUCUACCUACUGUCAUUUGUUAUUCAUGCGAUCUAUAUUUCCUUUUCCAUUUUUUAUAUUUCAUAUUCAUUCUUUUAAUAAAUUGCUAUUCACUACAUAUUUCACAUUCACUCUGAAAAUUUUUGUUUUUCCUUAUUUCUCUUUUUCUUCUCACUUCGCCAUCUCAUGUUCUCAUAUUUUUUUCCCCUUCGCCUUAGGUUUGGCUUGGUGCAUGCGUGGGAAGGAAGGGGGUUCUUGUCGGUUGAAUUUGUCGGGUGGAUUAGUUGGCUCCGUUCUUUUUUUUUUUUUUUUUUUUUUUUCUUCCUUUUCGUUCGGCUUUUUCAUAUCUUCAUUUUUACUCUCGUUUUGGCAAAGGGCGGGCAGGCGGGGCAAAGCUACUUUACCUCAAUUGUGGUGUAUGAGCUUGAGAGGGGGAGGUCAUAUUGGUUUAUCAGUUUAUUACUAUUAAAAUGCAGGAGAAGAAGAAGGAAAUGAGAGAUAUAUAAAAAAGAAAUCAGAUGUUUCAGUACUUUCUGCCUUGCUUGCUUUUUUCAUCAGCUUUGUUUUUAUCUUUGUUCCACUGUCUGUUGUUUUGCCUAUUAUUUGCACAUUUACAAAUGGUUGGAGAGGUAUUACAUGCUGAUUUGUCUGGUUUUUUUGUAGCUAUUGUGAAAAGAAUGGUUGAAUUGGUUUUUGUUUAUUUCGUGUGGCAAGAUAUUUUCGUUUAUAUAUCUGACAUCUGCUCAAUUUUGUAAUUUGUGUUUUUAAUAAAAGGAAAUUCUUUGUAUGUAACUAGUUAUCUCAUCUUUAAGAAAUUGAUUAGUUGAACAAGCAAGUCUGUUGAAAGAUGGAAGAAUAAAAU